AUGCGGGAGCUACUGCCUCCCUCGUCUGAUUUAUGCAACUUAGAGACGCAUGAGAAGAAGCUAGCUGUCUAUCUUGCUCCAUUUAUCCAUGGUGUGCGUUAUACCUCUUUUGGUCGGCACUUCACGAAUUUAGACAAGCUAAAGCAGGUUGUAAAUCGGCUGCGUUGGUAUGUUCAAGAUGGCGAUAUGAUUGUCGAUUUCAGCUGUGGAUCAAAUGAUUUUAGCUGCUUUAUGAAGGAAGAACUCGAUAGCAUGGGGAAAAGGUGCUACUUCAAAAAUUAUGAUAUUAUACAAACGAGGAAUGACUUCAAUUUCGAGAAAAAAGAUUGGAUGACUGUUGGUGCGGAAGAAUUAUCUGAAGGGUCUAAACUGAUCAUUGGCCUAAAUCCUCCUUUCGGAGUCCAAGCAUCCCUUGCAAACCAAUUCAUAAACAAAGCUCUAACUUUCUGGCCAAAGCUGGGGUAA